AUGGAGACACUAUUACUGACUCUGCUUGGUCUGCAGACGGUGAUGGGAAUGAGACACUGGUGUGAACGCACGGUGGAGGAGCGAGUGGAGCGAGUCCUGUCCCCACGUCUACAGUUAGAAGUGAGCUGUUCUGAAGUGUAUCAGUACAACACCCAAGGUUGGAGGCUGGAUGUGGACAGGAUGCGGAUCAAGCAUGGAGGUGAUGAUGGCAUUGCCAUUUACUACAAACAGCAGGGGCCCAAGGCAUCCUGUUUCUUGUACAAACCCCCAGAGAUGGAGAGCCAGACGGUGAACAAGACAGUGAGAGCGUGCUGUGAAGGCUGGGGAGGACCACACUGCUCUGAGGGUGUAGGUGUCCGUGGUCAGUGCUUCUCUACGUGGAGCUGUGAGGAUUUCCCUGGAGUUCAUAACUCCUCACUGAUGCCCAUGGAGCAGUGCUGCAGCACUCUGUGGGGGCUGAGCUGGAGGAAUGCCUCUGACCAGACCUGCCUGUCUUGCACCUACACUCUCCUUCCAGACUCCCAGUCCUCGCCUCUGGUGCGUAGUGGUCUGCUGGCCAGUGCCAGGGUCCCUCAGGGCUCGGCUACCUGCAUGUCCUGGGGUGGAGCCCACUACCGCACUUUUGACAGGAAGCACUUCCACUUCCAGGGCAGCUGCACUUACCUGCUGGCUUCAUCUACUGACGGCACCUGGGCCGUCUACAUCAGCACAGUCUGUGAUGGUAGAGGAGACUGCAGCAAGGCACUGAGGAUGAUGCUGGGACUGGAUUUGGUUUCAGUUCAUCACAGGAACUUAACCCUGAACAACCUCCCUGUUCCAAAUGGAGAGCCCCUUUUUCAAAAUGGAGUGAGUGUCCACUGGCUGGGGGAUUUUGUGUUUGUGGAGAGCGGCCUGGGGGUAAGAGUGAAGUUUGAUCUGGGUAACACAGUGUACUUGACAGUAACCGCCGAGCACCUGGCAGCCACUAGAGGGCUCUGUGGAGUCUACAACAAUAACGCUGAUGAUGAUUUCACCACAAUGAGUGGAACUGUGUCCCAGUAUGCUGCCAGCUUUGGCAACUCGUGGAAAGUACCGGACCAGCACAGCGAAGGCUGCAGUGAUGCUGCAGAGCUCGGUCACAGCUGUGAUGUCUCAGGAGACCCUGCUCUUCGCAGACAGGCAGAAUCAGUGUGUCAUCGACUUCUGGAAAACCCCUUCACACACUGCCACCUCCGGCUGGACCCAGCAGCCUACAUAGACACCUGUCUGUACCUGUACUGUAGCCUGCCACACAAAGAGAGGAAGGGUGCAGUGUGCGACACCUUGGCCAGCUACGCCCGAGAGUGCGCCCAGCAACACAUCAUCAUAAUGUGGAGGACAGCCACCUUAUGCGGUCGUGUCUGUCCUAGAGGUCAGGUGUUCUCAGAUUGCGUGUCCUCUUGUCCGCCCAGCUGUACUUCUCCACAGCCCCCCGGGCCUGCUGCAGCCAUGGGCCAGUGCAGGGAGGAGUGCGUGGGGGGCUGUGAGUGUCCUCCAGAUCUCUACCUUCACCAGGGACUCUGUCUGAAAAGAGACGACUGUCCGUGUUUCCAUCGCAGACGCACCUACCAGCCAGAGGAAAGGAUACAGCAGAGAUGCAACACUUGUGUGUGCAGAGCAGGUCAGUGGCAGUGCACUGGGGAGAAAUGUGCAGCCCAGUGCACCCUGAUGGGGGCUCUGCAGGUGACCACAUUUGACAAAAAGAGAUACUCACUUCAGGGAGGAGACUGUCCCUUCAUUGCCGUGGAGGACUUUGUUGACAGGAAGCUGGUGGUGAGUGUACGCUGUGGAGAGUGUACAGCAGGAGCAGGAGGAGGAGGGCUGGGCUGUGUGAGGGAGAUGUCAGUCACAGCACUCCACACCACAGUCACCAUCACAGACACUGGUACAGUGACGUUGAAUGGCCAGAGGGAGGCGCUGCCUGUGGUGUCAGGGGACCUGGUUGUGCGGAGAGCCUCCUCCUUAUUUCUCCUCAUCCAGACUUUUGGAGCCCAACUACUCUGGUACCUAGAUGGACCCUUGGCCUUCAUCACCCUGCAGCCUGGCUUUGCAAAGAAGGUGCGCGGCCUGUGUGGGACACUGACAUGGAACCAGCACGACGACUUUACCACUCCAGAGGGAGACGUGGAGAACAGUGUGUCAUCCUUUGCAGGGAAAUUCACAACAGAGCGCUGCACUCUGCCUGGAGGAGCUCCACCAGACCCCUGCUCCACGUACACCCAGAGGAGACACUACGCAGAGACGGUGUGCGCCAUCAUACACGGCCCAGUCUUUCAGGCGUGCCAUGACAUGGUGGAGAGGGAGCCCUAUUUCCGUCUCUGUCUGUCAGAGAUUUGUGGCUGUGUUCCACAGAGGACCUGCCACUGCACCGUCCUCACUGCUUACGCCCGACACUGUGCUCAGGAGGGUGUUAAGGUCCACUGGCGCAACCACACCUUCUGCCCGGUCCAGUGUUCGGGGGGUCAGGUGUACCAUGAGUGUGGUCGGCCCUGCGGUGGCUCCUGCUCAGACCUGCGACAGGGCUGGAGCUGUGACGACAGUGGCGGUGGAAUAGGCCACAGAAUGUGUGUUCCAGGGUGCCAGUGCCCACCAGGACUUGUACAGGACCACCAGGGCCAGUGUGUGCCCAUCACUUUGUGCCCCUGUGUGCAAGGAGAUAAGAUGUAUUCAGCCGGGGCUGUAGUUCAAAAUGGCUGCAACACCUGUGUGUGCGAGCAGGGGCUCUUUAACUGCACUCAGGAGCGCUGUGAAGAGGUGAACCAGUGCCCUGGGUCUCUGGUCUACUCUCCACGCUCCUGCCUCCUUACCUGCUCCAGCCUGGACCCUCCCGGCCAACAGCAGGGGACCAGUGUCACACAACGGAGCUGCAGGGAGCCGCUGUCUGGCUGCGUCUGUCCUCAGGGAACGGUCUUACUAGGUGAUCGCUGUGUUCUGCCAGACGAGUGCCCCUGUCAUCAUAAUGGUCGACUUUAUUACAGCAAUGACACCAUCACUAAAGACUGUAACACAUGUGUAUGCAAACAGCGCCGCUGGCACUGCAGCCAGUCCGUCUGUGUCGGCGUAUGUGUGGCAACUGGUGACCCGCACUAUGUGACGUUUGAUGGCCGCUGCUACUCCUUCCUGGGUGAUUGCCAGUAUGUGCUGGCAAGGGAGACCAGUGGUUUAUUCAGCGUCACAGCAGAAAAUGUGCCAUGCGGAAGCACUGGGGUCACCUGCACGAAGUCCGUCACUCUCAGCCUGGGAAACACCGUCAUACACCUGCUGAGAGGUAAAGCUGUGACAGUGAAUGGAAUGCCAGUUACAUUACCAAAGUCCUACAGUGGCAGUGGUCUGACCCUGGAAAGAGUCGGUCUGUUUGUCUCCCUGUCCUCCCGACUCGGAGUCACUUUGCUGUGGGAUGGAGGUAUGCGGGUAUAUGUGCGUAUGGCAGCCCACCUGCGGGGUCGGGUUGGGGGCUUGUGCGGUAACUUUGAUGGGGACACAGAGAAUGACUUCACAACACGGCAGGGAAUCGUAGAGUCUACAGCUGAGCUGUUUGGAAACUCCUGGAAGGUCAGCCCCUCCUGCCCUGAUGUGGCAAACCAGGACCUCCGAGACCCCUGUGCUCUGAACCCCCACAGAGUGACAUGGGCUAGGAAAAGAUGUACUGUGCUGACCCAAGAAGUUUUCUCGCUGUGCCACCCUGAGGUGCCCUUCCAGCAGUAUUAUGACUGGUGUGUCUUUGAUGCUUGUGGUUGUGACUCAGGUGGGGACUGUGAGUGUGUCUGUACAGCCAUUGCUACCUAUGCUGAGGAGUGCAACCGACGAGGGGUCUACAUCCGCUGGAGGUCCCAGGAGCUCUGCCCUCUGCAGUGUGAGAAUGGGCUGGUCUAUGACCCCUGUGGUGCAGCUUGCUCUCUCUCUUGUCCCAGUGUUCAGCAGAGCCCACAUUCCCAGUGUGGGGCUCUCUCCUGUGUGGAGGGCUGCUUCUGCCCUGCUGGCACUGUCCAACAUGGUGACAGCUGUGUAGUGCCCACUGAGUGUCCAUGUGAGUGGGAGGGCUCCAUGUUUCCACCUGGAACUACCAUCGCUCAGCACUGCCAGAACUGCACCUGUAAGGAGGGCAUGUGGCAGUGUGAAGGUGUGGCUUGUCCUCCUCCCUCCCUCACCUGUCUGGAAUCAGAGUUUGCCUGUGCAGGGGGACGCUGCAUCCCCUCUCAGUGGGUGUGUGACAACGAGGAUGACUGUGGUGAUGGUUCAGAUGAGAUCUGCCCAUUCACCUACUGUGGUGUAGUGUGUGAUGAAGGGGAGUUCCAGUGUGCCGGAGGACGCUGCAUUCUCUACCUCCACCGUUGUGACGGCCAUGAUGACUGUGGGGACUUCAGCGAUGAGAGAGGGUGUGUCUGUACACCAGGAGAGUUUCAGUGCCCAGGGGAUCAGUGUGUCCCUGCAGAUAGAGUGUGUGAUGGACACAGAGACUGCCCCUCUGGAAUAGAUGAGGCUGUUUGUCCAGGUAAACUGACCUGUGCUCCCGACCAGUUUGCCUGCAGGGAUGGUACAUGUGUUCCCACAACUAAGCUGUGUGAUGGAACACCAGACUGUCCAGGCAGAGAGGAUGAGAACAAGACCAAUUGCGACACCAGCAUCAUAAUACCAUCACCCCCACCUGUCACCCCAACUUCAGCCUGUAGGUCCUAUGAGUUCAGCUGUGCCACAGGAGGGCAGUGUGUACCUCAAGCCUGGCGUUGUGAUGGUGAAACAGACUGUAUGGAUGGUAGUGAUGAGCAGCAGUGUGCAGCUCCAUGUGGUCCUGGCCAGGUGCCUUGCCUCAGUGGGGACCAGUGUGUGGACUACCAGCAUCUCUAUAAAACUGUCACACCAGUGCCCCCUGGCAGUCGGAACACCACUGUCACCUGUUCUGAAUUCACCUGUAUGGAUGGAACCUGUGUCCCCUUUAACAUGGUGUGUAACGGUGUGGCAGACUGCCCAGACUCCUCACUUGCACCGCUUGGUGGCCCCACAGAUGAGCAGGGCUGUAGAACCUGGAGCUCAUGGGGCCUCUGGAGCCCCUGCAGCACCACCUGUGGAACGGGCUCCAUGAGCCGGAAGAGAUCCUGCCCUCCAGGGGACCCGCUGCACAGCUGUCGGGGCCAGGAUGUCCAGAGGCAGCAGUGCUUCAACAUCACCUGCCCUGUGGAUGGUCAGUGGCUGCCAUGGGUGAGCUGGUCAAACUGUUCCAGUGGUUGUGGUGGAGUGCAGGUCAAGCACAGAGGCUGCAUCCCUCCUCGCUACGGAGGCCGAGACUGCUCCCAACUUGCUGGACCAUCCAACCUUCCCAUGGAAAUCAAACCAUGUCCUAAUGAUGGAUGUGCCAACACAAGCUGUCCUACUGGCCUGGUGAGACACAGCUGUGCUCCCUGCCCAGUGUCCUGUGCUCACAUCAGCAGUGGGACGACCUGUGAUCCGACGGCUCCCUGCUUCUCAGGUUGCUGGUGUCCAGAGGGUCAGGUGAUGAGCCAUACACAACAGUGUGUGCCACCAGAGGAGUGUGUAUGUGAGGUGGCAGGGGUGCGUUACUGGCCGGGCCAGCAGAUAAAAGUGGACUGUGAGAUUUGUGUUUGUGAGAGAGGGCGAGCUCAGAGAUGUCAGCCCAACCCAGACUGCUUAGUGCACUGUGGCUGGUCAUCAUGGACUGAGUGGGGAGAGUGUUUAGGGCCCUGUGGUGUCCAGAGUGUCCAGUGGUCGUUCCGCAGCCCGAACAACCCCACCAAGCUCGGAGAUGGGAGAACGUGCAGGGGAAUUUACAGAAAGGCCCGCCGGUGUCAGACAGACCCCUGUGAUGAGUGUGAGUAUCAGGGUCAGUCCCAUACGGUGGGAGAUCGGUGGCGGUCAGAGCAGUGUCAGUUAUGCCACUGUCUUCCCAACCUUACCGUGCAGUGUUCCCCCUACUGUCCAUAUGCUGUCUCCGGAUGUCCUCAGGGACUAACUCUGGUGCCUGGAGAGGGAGACAGGUGUUGUUACUGCCAAGGAGACAAUGACACCAUACUUGUGACAAUCAGCCCUGACACUGUUACCUCCAAGCCAGCAGAGGGCACUACACCUCUGGUUCCCACCUAUCCACUUCCUCCUGGAGAUGAAUGUUGGUCUCCUCUGGGAGUUCAGUCUCUCCCAGCCUCGAGCUUCAGUGCUUCAUCACAGCAGGCUGGUCACCCACCUGAUGCAGCUCGUCUGCAUAGUCCAGAACCAGAGGAGUAUAAGGACCUCCCCCAGCGGAGACCCGAGGGACGCACUGGCAACACACAAAGCCCCUACCUACAGAUAAACCUGCUGCAACCAUACAACAUCACUGGUGUGUUGACACAGGGUGGUGGUGUGUUCGGCACAUUUGUGUCCAGCUUCUACCUCCAGUUCAGUCUGGAUGGAAAACAGUGGUACACUUACAAAGAGCUUGUCACUGACGCCCGACCCAGAGCAAAGGUUUUUCUUGGUAACCAUGAUGAUCGAGGUGUGACUGAGUGCAGACUGGACAGGAUGGUGCUGGCUCAGUUUGUACGCCUGCUGCCCCAUGACUUCGAGAAUGGCAUCUACCUUCGACUUGAGAUCAUGGGCUGUGGUGAUGGAGGUGGCUGCAGAGAGAAAGAGUUCCAGUGUGAAAAUGGUCGCUGUGUGCCAGCAGGCCCGCUGGGGGUUGUGUGUGAUGGUGUCAAUGACUGUGGGGACAGAUCUGAUGAGAUGUAUUGUGGUGAGCUUUUUAUGUUUGUGUUUGUUCAUGUGUCUUUUUCUGAAUGCUUCUCAGGCACAGCUCCAACCAGAGGCUUUCCAGGCCUGCAGAACCAGACCAGCCCCACAGGGAGACCAGGUUUUCAUGGUGCCAGUACAACAGGUGCCCCUGGUCUCCAUACCACAAGGCCCCAAGGUGGCCUUCCUGGUGUGGCAACAUCAGGGGUAACAGGUCACCCUGGACUGCAUCUAACCACAUCGCUCCACCCUGGUAGACCUGGUCUCCAUACCACAAAGGGUGACACUUUGUCCCCAGCGAUCACCACAAGCCCCCAUGAUGGUGGCCUACCCAGAGUGCUUUGCGUGGAGGGCCAGUUCCAAUGCUGGUCAUUCGGCUGUGUGGACUCGGGUCAAGUAUGUGACGGCAGGCAGGACUGUUUGGACGGGUCAGAUGAAGAACGCUGCACAACAGCAAGGCCAGCAGUGACUCCCCAGCGCCCUCUGGUGCCCAGCCGCUGCUCUCCAAAGCAGUUCUCUUGUGACAGCGGGGAGUGUAUUCACCUGGACCGCAGGUGUGACCUCCAUAAGGACUGUGUGGAUGGCUCAGAUGAAAAAGACUGUGUGGACUGCAUCAUGUCCCCGUGGACAGCAUGGAGCACCUGCAGCGUGUCAUGUGGUCUUGGCUCCUUGUUCCGGCAGAGGGAUAUAAUAAGGGAGGCCCUGCCUGAAGGAGCCUGUGGUGGAGCUCAGUUUGACAGUCGAGCCUGCUUUCCUAAAGCAUGUCCAGUUCAUGGUCUUUGGUCAGAGUGGACAGAGUGGUCUGAGUGUGAUGCUGAGUGUGGAGGAGGUGUCAGACAGAGGAACCGAACCUGCUCUGCUCCUCCUCCUAAGAACGAUGGUCGGGACUGUGAGGGCGUGACCCGGCAGAGCCAGAGCUGCAACAACCAACCCUGUACCAAAGAAACUGGCACACAGACAGGUUGUGUCAAUGGCAUGCUGCUGGUGACAGAGGAAGACUGUCAGACUGGGAGAGUUGACCCCUGUCCUCCUACCUGCUCACAUCUCAGUUUGACCAACAACUGCACUGCAACAUGCAUACAAGGGUGUCGCUGUCCCCAUAGGCUGUACCUUCAGGAGGGGCGAUGUGUUAAUUCCAGCCAAUGUGUCUGUCACUGGGAUAGCCAAAUACUUCAGCCAGGACAGGUGAUCAGCAGGGACCAGUGUACCACUUGUAUGUGCAGAGAUGGCCAAGUCACCUGUGACACGUCCAGCUGUGUGACAAGCUGUCAUUGGUCAGCCUGGUCGUCAUGGUCACCGUGUGACGUAACCUGCGGCCUGGGGCUACAACAACGCUACAGGUCUCCUGUGAAUCCAGCAGGAGCAGUCAGAAUCCAGCCCUGUCCAGGAGACUCCUCUGAGGCCCGUCGAUGCUCCAGCCCAUGUGCCCCUGUGCUGCCAGAUGGUGUUUGGAGUAAAUGGACCAGCUGGUCAGAGUGCAGCAAGACAUGUUUCAACCAUGUCGAUGAUGUAGGAAUUAAACAACGAUUCCGCAGCUGUAACCACACACUCUCACUGUCCAGCAACAUACAUGCACAUUCUCUCUGUGAUGGAGACAGUGAAGAACAAGAGCCUUGCAACACUGUUUACUGUCCAGUGCAUGGUGGUUGGUCAGCCUGGUCACUGUGGACUGAGUGUUCAGCCAAGUGUGAUUCUGGUGUCCAGACAAGAGAGAGAUUCUGCAAUUCACCAGCACCACAGCAUGGGGGUAAUAGCUGCAUUGGACCUCAUAUACAGACAAGGGACUGCAAUUCCCAUCCCUGUUCAGAUGUGUGUCCAGAGGGCAUGAUGUACAUGUCAGCUGCUGAGUGCGAGCUUCAGGGAGGUGCGUGUCCACGGGUGUGCUUGGACAUGACCUCCACAGAGGUUCAGUGUGCCACUGCCUGUUAUGACGGCUGCUACUGCGCCCUGGGCUUCUACCUGCUCAACAGUAGCUGUGUGCCCUUAGAACAGUGCCCAUGUUACCACCAGGGGGAGAUGUACCCAGCCGGUGCCAUCCUGCUUGUUGAUGCCUGUAAUAACUGUACCUGCAUUAAUGGAGUAAUGGAGUGUGGGACAUCUCCCUGCUCUGUGGAUUGUGGCUGGAGCAGCUGGACACAGUGGAGUGCCUGCAGUCGAACAUGUGAUGUUGGUGUAAGAAGGAGGUAUCGUUCAGGAACCAAUCCCCCUUUGGCUUUUGGUGGUCGUCCCUGCAAAGGAGACAGAGUUGGAAUUGACACCUGCAGCAUUGAACCUUGCAUUGCUGUAAGGGAGCCAUGGAGUGCGUGGUCAGAGUGUUCAGUCACGUGUGGAGGAGGUUAUAGGACCAGAACCCGUGGGCCAAUCAGAGUCCAUGGCACCGCUCAGCAGUUCAGCGCCUGUAACCUGCAGCCUUGCGGUAAAGGCAAGGAGUGUCCUCCAGGCCAGGAGUGGAAGCAGUGUGUCACAGGGCCAGUGUCAUGUACAGACAUCACACUGGACCUCAGCAGGAACUGCACACCAGGCUGCCAGUGUCUACAUGGGGCCGUCCAGCAGGAUGGUGUGUGUGUGCAGGAGUCUGACUGCCGCUGUGACAUUCAUGGAGAGAAGCACAGACCCGGAGACACCGUCCCUACAGACUGCAACAACUGGUAUGUGAAACUGUCUUGCUUCACUUGCUAUAUGAUUGACGGCCAGUGGUCAGUGUGGACUCCCUGGGGUCAGUGUUCAGUGUCGUGUGGAGCAGGUCUCCAGUCUCGGUACCGGUUCUGUUCCAGCCCCCAGCGUGCUGGCAGUGGUCUGCCAUGUCUAGGCCCUCACCGUGAGGACCAAGUCUGCAUCAUCGCCUCAUGUGACCGUGAUGGUGGCUGGGGUCAUUGGAGUACCUGGACAGAGUGCACCAAGUCAUGUGGUGGGGGGAUGCAAAGCCGGAGGAGAGAGUGUGACAGCCCCAGUCCAGAGGGGGAGGGGAAUUACUGUGAGGGGCUGGGAACUGAAGUCAAAGCCUGCAACACUGACCACUGUCCAGUGCCACCGUGCUCCCAGGUCCCAGGCACAGUGUUCAGCAGCUGUGGGCCCUCCUGCCCUCGCUCCUGUGAUGACCUGGCACACUGUGAGUGGCACUGUGAGCCAGGAUGCUACUGUACAGAGGCAAGAGUCUUGUCUGCUAACGGUACAGUCUGUAUAGAGAGGGACGACUGUCCCUGCUUGGACCUCAACACUGGACACCGACUGGAACCAGGAGAAACUAUAGACGCCCCUGAUGGAUGCAACAACUGCACCUGUGAGGGUGGGAGGUUUAACUGCACUAGAGACCCCUGCCCAGUGCCAGGUGGCUGGUGCGAGUGGUCAGAGUGGACUCCCUGCUCCAGGACCUGUGGGGCAGAGUCAGUGUCCCGCUAUCGGAGCUGUGGCUGUCCUGAGCCCAAGGCUGGAGGGGCGCCCUGCCCUGGGGAGCAAGAAAUACACAAUGGGAUUGGAGUUCAAAUCCAGAGACAGCCCUGCCCUGUCAUGACCUUCUGUCCAGUUCAUGGUUCAUGGAGUCCGUGGUCAGCGUGGUCAGAGUGUGAUGGGUGUGCUGGGUCGUCCACUCGUACCAGGGAAUGUAACAGUCCUCCCGCCAGAUUUGGUGGUCUGGCCUGUCUGGGGGAGAGCAGGCAGAGCCGCGGUUGCCACGACAAUACCACUGUCUGCUCAGACUGUGGUGGAGGCCAGGAGGAAUGGCCAUGUGGGAAGCCCUGUCCUCGCUCCUGUUCGGAUCUCCAUGGUGACACAGAGUGCUUGGACUCCCCCGGGUGCAGCCGGACCUGUGGGUGUCCAGGUGACAUGGUGCUGCAGGAUGGAGUGUGUGUGGCCAGGGAGGAGUGUCGCUGCAAGUACCACAACAGCUCUGCUACUGAUGGUCUGGAUUCCAGUAAUGCAUCAUGGGUAUGGCCUGGUGGAUCUGACUGGCAGUUUGCAAAUCCAGGAGACAACAUAAUCAGUGACUGCAAAAACUGUUCAUGUAAGGCUGGAGUUCUGCAGUGUCAGUCUUUGCCUGGUUGCCAUGUCGAUGGUGACUCAGCGGGCCCGUGGCUGGCCUGGUCUCAGUGGUCAGUAUGUUCGGUCAGCUGUGGUGGAGGGCAGCAGUCCCGCUCUCGCUUCUGCAGCUCUCCGCCUUGCAGUGGCCCCAGUCGGCAGAGCAAAACAUGCAACACCCACGUCUGCCUUGAUGUGGGCUGCCCUCCUGGCAGGCUGUACAGGGAGUGUGAACGAGGUGAAGGCUGUCCCUUCAGCUGUGCUCAGGUCAGCGGCAGGGUGGGCUGCUAUUCUGAUGGUUGCGAAGAAGGCUGCCACUGUCCUCCGCAUACCUACCAACACCACGGAAUCUGCAUGCUGGAGUGUCCGUGUCUGGUGGAUAAAGAGUUUCUGACUUCUCUGCAGAGUGUCUCUGUCACACCAGUCUCAGUUCUAAUAAUUCAGAACAUCUCAGAGGGGAUGGAGCUCCAGUCUGGGGAUACCUUUGUCCAUGACUGCAGCACCUGUGGCUGUGAGCACGGCAGGUGGAACUGUUCCUUGGAGCACUGCCCAGUCGAUGGCGCUUUGUCGCCCUGGGGUCCCUGGAGUCCCUGCUCACUGUCCUGCGGUGGUCUCGGACUGAAGACUCGCUCUAGGGGCUGCACAAACCCUGCCCCAGUACAUGGAGGGCGAGACUGCCAGGGCCCACGCCAGGAAACAACCUACUGCCAGGCCCCUGACUGUCCAGAUGAGGAUUCUGGCUUCUCCCCUUGGUCAAUGUGGAGUCCCUGCACUAAGACCUGCACUGAUACUCUGAACCCAGCCAUGAAGUCCCGUCAUAGGCAAUGUAUCACACCUCCCUGCUCUGGAAGUUCUCACCAAGAGAAGGCCUGCAACUUGCCCCAGUGUCCAGGCGAGGUAUGUGUAGGGGCCGACUGUGUGCAGAGAAACUGCUCGUGGACAGAGUGGGGGGCGUGGGGCUCCUGUUCGCGGUCCUGCGGAGUGGGUCAGCAGCAGAGGAUCCGAACCUUCCUCAUUCCUGGCACUAAUGGUUCAUGGUGUGAGGACAUCCUUGGAGGGAACCUGGAGCAUCGCUUCUGUAACAUCAAGCCCUGCAGAGUGGAUGGAGGCUGGUCCCGGUGGAGUCCCUGGUCUCGCUGUGAUAAGCGCUGUGGUGGUGGGCGCUCCAUACGCACUCGCUCCUGCUCCAGCCCCCCACCCAAGAACGGUGGGAAGAAAUGUGAAGGAGAGAAGAACCAGGUCAAACCCUGUAACACCAAACCUUGUGAUGAAGCAGGGUGCCCACUGGGCCAAGAGUUCGUGUUGUGUGCCAACCAGUGUCCACAGCGCUGCUCCGACCUCCAGCAGGGUAUAGAGUGCCAGGGCAACAACGAAUGUCAACCUGGCUGUCGCUGCCCUAAAGGUCAGUUGCAGCAGGACGGAGUGUGUGUGCAGCUGUGGCAGUGUGACUGUGUGGACUCACUGGGGCAGAUUUGGGCGGCCGGCAGCUGGCAUCAGGUGGACUGUAACAACUGCAGCUGCACUGAUGGACAGCUUCUCUGCACCAAUCACAGCUGCCAAGCUGCCUGUGUUUGGAGCUCCUGGUCCAGUUGGGCACCAUGCAGUGUUUCAUGUGGGGAGGGCCGUAGAACCAGAUACAGGUCUCUGAUCCCAGAAACUGAAGGAAUAGACUGCCACUUUGAGGAAGUCCAGCACAAAUCCUGUAGCCCAGGACCCUGUCCACCUCUCUGUCUCCUUGAUGACCAGGAGCUUAGUGUGGGAGACACUUGGCUCCAAGGAGAGUGUAAACAAUGCACAUGCACCCCAGAAGGGGUUUACUGCCAAGACAUCGACUGCAGAGUGGACGGUGGUUGGACCCCUUGGUCAGUGUGGUCUGACUGCUCGGUGACCUGUGGACAGGGCACACAUGUUCGAACUCGUGCGUGUAUCAACCCACCACCACGUAACAAUGGGUCUCACUGCACCGGGCCAGAGAGAGAAACCCAACAUUGUCAGACCUCUCCCUGCCUUGAUGACCUCUGCCCCUGGUCACCAUGGUCGCCGUGCUCCCGGAGCUGUGGGGCGGGGUCUGUGUCACGACGCAGGGUGUGUGUGUGUGAGGAGGGAGGAGACGCAGCGUGUCCCUCUGAGAUCGAGAAUGAGAGGAACAGUGAGGAGACUCAGCUGUGUUACAAACGGCCCUGUCCAGGCUGUCCCAUGUCAGCGUGGAGUGUUUGGUCUCAGUGCUCCUGUGAGUCUCAACGGCAGCAGCGCUACCGUGUAGCUCUGUCCUCUGCCACCAGGGGGCAACAGUGCACUCCUGUAGAAACCCAGAGCAGGACGUGCAGUCUCAGUCAGUGUGAGGUAUGUGAAGCCCCAUUUGUGUACUUGGCUUGUGGUGCACCCUGUGAGAAGCAAACAAAAAAAUGUCCAACUGUGCCAGUUAUUCUUUCAUGAAUUUUAUGUUCUCCAUUCCAGGGCCUGCUGCAGCAGAAUGGUAGCUGUGUUCCUCCAGAGGAAUGUGGCUGCGUCCACCUGCAGCACCAAGCUUCAGGACAACCACCCACACCUGUCACUGUCCCUCAGGGGGCCACGGUCACCAUAGGCUGCAGUACCUGCCUUUGCCAUGAUGGAACUUUGCAGUGUGACAUGAGAGAGUGUGAAGUCAUCCUCAGCGAGUGGUCAGAGUGGACCCCCUGUUCUCCAUGUGUACCCUCUUCCUCCGUGCAGCACGACACUUCGGCAGCAGGGCUUAUCCGUGGCACAAAAAUGUUCUCAAUCCAGAGGCGCUUCCGGGCCUGUUUGGACCUGGAUUCUGGUCUUCCUAUCACUGGAGAGGAAGAGAGCCAAUGUCCAGGACCGCUGGUGGAGGAGAGGCUCUGUCCAGAUGCUAACAUUUGCAGAGAUCUGUGUCAGUGGAGUCUGUGGAGCACCUGGACAGCAUGUGCAGAGCCGUGCAGCGGUGGAGUCAGGCAGCGCUACAGAUGGCCUCUGGCUUCUCCUGCAGGACGCCACUGUCGGAGCCAACAGACACAGAGCCAGAGCUGCAACACAGGACUCUGUCCAGGUGAGCGCUGUGAGGAUAGGGGGCGGACCUACCAAGAGAGCUGUGCCAAUCAGUGUCCUCGCAGUUGCACUGACUUAUGGGAGCAUGUGCAGUGCCUCCAAGGAGCCUGUCACCCAGGUUGUCGGUGUCCAGAAGGCCAGUUGUUGCAGGACAGUCACUGUGUGCCAGUGACAGAGUGUCGUUGUGGUAUCCCAUCAGGCAACGGGACGCUGGAGUUCACACCUAAAGAGGAGCUCACUGUUGACUGUAACACCUGUGUGUGUGAGAAUGGUACUCUGGUGUGCACCAAACUGCCCUGCCCAGUUUAUGAACCCUGGAGCCCAUGGAGCUCCUGCUCAGUUUCAUGUGGACAUGGCCAGAGAACAAGGACACGCCACUGCCAGGACACAGAGGGCGGUCCUUCCUGUGCUGAAACCACGCAGACAGAAAGCUGUGAUCUGCCAUCAUGUCCAGAGUGUGCCAGCACACAGGUGUUCAGUGGCUGCUCAGCUUCCUGUCCAUAUACCUGCGAGGACCUGUGGCCACACACUCAGUGUUUACCGGGACCCUGUACGCCUGGGUGCACAUGCCCUUCCGGACAGGUGUUGUAUCGAGGCUCCUGUGUGUAUCCUGCUGACUGUCCCUGCUCACCGCUCUCUUUGCCGACUGAUUACCAAAGCUGGAAUGUCACUACUGAGGAUUUCACAGAAUCACUGCUGCCACCUGGAACGGCCAUUCAGCACCUCUGCAACACAUGUGUGUGCCAAGGUGGAGUGUUCAACUGCACCUCAGAGCGCUGUGAUGAGUGUCCUGAUGGGGAGCAGUGGAGGAGGAGCAUGCUGGAGGAGGCCCCACUGUGCGAGAGGAGCUGCCAGGACAUUUACUCCUCCUCCCCUGUCAACUGCAGCCGCUCCACCGAGGGCUGCGUCUGUCAGGAGGGGCUUUACCGAAACCUGGAGGGUGUGUGUGUCAUCCCCGCCCUCUGCCCCUGCCAUGACCAGGGCGUCCUGCAGGAGGCAGGAUCGGAGUGGGAGGAGGGCUGUCUGUCAUGCACCUGUGUGAACGGGAGAAAACAGUGCCAGCUGAGGUGUCCUCCACUGUUCUGUGAUGAGGGGGAGGUCAAGGUAGAGGAACCAGGCAGCUGCUGUCCAGUCUGUAGAAAGCAGUUUCCAGGUGAGCUCGUGCCAGAGUGUCAUCGCCAUGUGCAGGUUCGCAACAUCACCAAGGGAGACUGUUGGCUUGACAACGUGGAGGUCAGCUUCUGCAGGGGACGAUGUCUGUCCAGGACCGAUGUCAUCUUGGAGGAGCCCUACCUCCAGUCAGUGUGUGAGUGCUGCAGUUACCGUUUGGACCCGGACAACCCGGUCCGUUUCCUCAGCCUGCAGUGUGAGAGCGGAGAAAGCGAGCCGGUUGUCCUACCGGUCAUACACAGCUGCGAGUGCACCAGCUGUCAGGGUGAGGAAUAG